AGAGCAGGGUCACUUCAACUUUUGACUGGUGGCGCACAACGGCACAAGUAUCCCCAGCUAUUAAUAAUCUGAUACGUUACCUAAACGUUUUAGAUGAUUAGAUCUGCGAGACAAACUUCUCCCUUGCUUAGACGAGGCCUUAAAAGUUGAGUUGAUGUUUGCGUGCAAUAAUCUUGGUUUAAAAGACUUAUCAUCAACCGUGUAGAAUUGAAUCAGAUUUGAUGAACAACAUGUUACCUGUGGAUGCUAGCGUAUUUGAAUUCAUUAAGGGGAAAAGAAAAAUUAGAAAGCCAUAAGUGAAAUAGAAUGUUUGCUUUGUCAGCCUCGCGACGAAGUGACUGGCUAACGCCUUCUGAAUAGAAAAGCGACCGAAAGCAGCGUGCGGUGCCGGCCCAAAAACAAGUAGACAACGCAGUGGCUAGGUCCCACUUGCCAAACCCAUGUUUAAAAAAAAUUCAUCAAAGCCCAAAGGAGAUUGAAGCCGCUACCUUUUGAUACCCAACCCAGGCAGUGGGAAUAUGUCUGCUUGGUGGGUAGUUUAGAGAAUUCGUAACUUUUCCUUGCACAUUGCCACAGAAAUACUUUCAGAAAACAAGUGGUGUCACAGAGAUUAGGACUAAUAAUAAUUUUUUAUUUGGGUAAUUUCCUUAUUAACGAUGGACUCCGAAAACAGGCGGUAGGCCACAACGAGAAUCAAUUUCCUGGCAUUACUUUGGAUUCCUCAUUCCUCUGUUCAUACCUCCAUAUGUUUCUCCAUUAUUAUUCCCAUUUUCGUCUUAACUUACCUAGAUUUUUAAUCAUCUGUUCCUCUUCUCUCCUUUUCAAGUCUCGCAUACAUGAGCACUCUUAUCAGGCAAUUCUCACCAUCGCCUCCGAUUAGGACUUCUCAUUCACACCAUUUGCCAACCCCUGUCUUCUCUUCUCCAACCUCCCGUAGUGUACCUUCAAGAAAGGCUCAUCGUAGAAUCCAGAUUUGCAAGUUGGGUAAUUUCCUCGACUUGAAACCCGAAUCAAAACCCGAGCCUCUACACUUUGAUCUCCCAUGGAUUGAUCCUGCUGCACGGUCGCGCUUGGAUGUAAUCAUCAUUGGUACUGGCCCGGCUGGCCUGCGUCUUGCAGAGCAAAUUUCAAGUUAUGGGAUAAAGGUAUGUUGUGUUGAUCCUUCUCCGCUUUCGAUGUGGCCUAACAAUUAUGGAGUAUGGGUUGAUGAGUUUGAAAGCAUGGGGCUUGAGGAUUCUUUGGACUAUACAUGGCCAAUGACCAGUGUCCACAUAGAUGAUCACAAGACCAAGUACUUGGACCGUUCUUAUGGUCGUGUUAGUAGGAAGAAGCUGAAGACAAAAUUGAUGGAGAAUUGUGUCUCCAAUGGAGUUAAAUUUCAUAAAGCCACUGUUUGGAAAGUAGAACAUGAGGAAUUUGAGUCUUCAGUUACUUGUAAUGAUGGGAACAAGCUGAAGGCAAGUCUAGUUGUAGAUGCAAGUGGUUUUGCUAGCCCUUUUAUCGAUUAUGAUAAGCCAAGAAACCAUGGUUAUCAGAUUGCACAUGGUAUUUUAGCUGAAGUUGAUAAUCACCCUUUUGACUUGGAUAAAAUGCUUCUCAUGGAUUGGAGAGAUUCCCAUUUAGGGAAUGAACCGUAUAUGCGAGUAAGCAAUUCGAGAUUCCCAACCUUUCUGUAUGCAAUGCCAUUUGAUUCAAACUUAAUAUUUUUAGAAGAAACUUCUCUGGUUAGCAGGCCUGUGUUAUCUUAUCUGGAGAUAAAGAGAAGGAUGGUUGCAAGGCUAAGGCAUCUGGGAAUCAGAGUGAAGAGCGUAUUGGAAGAGGAGAAGUGUUUGAUUCCAAUGGGAGGCCCUCUGCCCCAGAUUCCUCAGAGUGUUAUGGCUAUAGGUGGGACUUCUGGUGUGGUGCAUCCAUCAACCGGGUACAUGGUUGCUCGGACAAUGGCGUUAGCCCCCAUUCUAGCCAAGGCCAUAGCAGAGUGUCUUGGCUCAACCAGAAUGAUUAGAGGAAGGCCACUGCAUCAUAAGGUUUGGAAUGGCUUGUGGCCAAUCGAGAAGAGGUGUACAAGGGAAUUCUACUCUUUUGGGAUGGAGACUUUGUUAAAGCUUGAUUUGAGUGGGACUACGAGGUUCUUUGAUGCUUUUUUUGAUUUGGAUCCUUAUUAUUGGAAAGGCUUUCUCUCCUCAAGGUUAUCACUUAGAGAGCUUGCAUUGUUGAGCUUGUCUCUGUUUGGACGUGCUUCAAAUCCAUCCAAAUUUGAUAUAGUCACCAAAUGCCCUGCACCCUUGGUUAGAAUGAUGGGUAAUUUAGCUCUUGAAGCCAUUUAAACCAUUGAAUGUUGAAGGGCAUGUAGACUCUGAUUUAUAUAGACAUGUGAAUUUCUUGUUAGUUGGUUAAAUCUCCUAAUAAAAGGAUCCAUCAUUUGAGUGCUUUGCAUUCA